AUGCCUUCUGAUCUGUCCAUCGCGCUUCGCGACUCUUAUGACCAUGGUCUGCCUAUGUUCUACGACUCGACGUCUCGAAACAAAGAAUUUAAAAUCCCUCUCUUAGGCUAUCCGAUACAUCACUCGUUGUCUCCGGCAGUGCAAAACUAUAUGUACUCAACCAAAAAUCUGCCAUGGCAAUACUAUCUACUCGAGUCAAAGGAUCCUAAGGAUUUACUGGACGCUCUGGAUUCACAGGAUCCUUCCAAGACUUGCAUCGGCGCGGGGGUGACCAUGCCGCAUAAAGUAACCUUCAUGUCACACGUUGACGAGGUCACAUCUUCUGGGAAAGUAAUAGGAGCGAUAAACACAAUCUUCCUCCGUCGCGACAGAACCACCCGCGAAACGAAACGCAUCGGCACCAACACCGAUUCAAUCGGUAUUAGUAGAUCUUUCACCAGUAUUCCUUCAUCCCUGGUGUCUCCAGAAGCGAAAAGUAGACCUGGUCUUGUGAUUGGAGGUGGCGGUGCUUCUCGCAGUGCUAUUUAUGCUCUGCAUUAUCUCCUCGGCGUCUCAGAGAUCUAUUUAGUUAGUCGGCUGAAGUCUGAAACAGACGAGCUGAUUUCGUGGUUCACUCGAGACUCCUCUUCUGGCCCAGAGUUCAGAGCAAAGUUGCGAGGUGUGCAUUCUCUGGAAGAAGCAAAGGCACUGACUGCGCCAUAUUAUGUUGUUGGUGCCAUUCCUGAUUUGACUCCGCAAACCGAGGGAGAAAAACUAUCGUAUGAGAUCACAAGAGAGCUACUUGGGCGGAAGAAUGAAUCGGAAAAGGGCCUGCUACUAGAGAUGUGUUAUCACCCCAAAAUUCGCACAUCCCUCUAUGACUAUGCCGAGAACAAUGGGUGGUAUGUAAUUCCAGGAACCGAGGCAAUGAUAUGGCAGGCAAUCGCCCAGCACAUUCUUUGGACUGAGAGCGAGCUUAUCAAUGAAGAAGCGGUUGUUGAGGAUCUCAAGAAGAUCGUCUCUGAAGAACUUUUGAAACGGGCGCAGGAAGAGGGAAAAGUGAGCGUUUAA